CACAGUGCAAGCGAAUAAAGAUCUCAGCGCCAGAAUGAGGAUUAUUGGUAUUAUUGGUUUAAUCGUGAUAUCUGUUCAUACUGGAAGCUCCUUACUGAUUGGAGCAUUUAACAUCAAAUCCUUUGGGGACACAAAAGCAUCAAAUGCCACUUUGCUUGACCUCAUUACCAAAGUUGUGCACCAUUAUGACAUUAUACUUAUUCAAGAGGUGAGGGACAAUGAUCUUACUGCAACUAAUAAACUGAUGCAACGUGUGAACGGAGGUUCCUCUCCAUAUGAGUAUCGGCAUGUUGUCAGUGAGCCUUUGGGUAGAAGCACUUACAAAGAGAGAUAUCUCUUUAUUUACAGGCAUCCAUCUGUGUCUGUGAUAAAAAGCUUCCAGUAUGAGGAUGGAUGUGAGUCCUGUGGAACUGAUACAUUUAACAGAGAACCAUUUGUUGUUAUGUUCUCCUCUACUACAGCUCUCCAGAAUUUCGCUCUCAUUCCUCAGCACACAUCCCCAGAAGUCGCCGUGCAGGAAAUUGAUGCUCUACAUGACGUGGUCCUAGAAACCAAACAACGUUGGAACACAAACAACAUCAUGCUUUUGGGAGACUUUAAUGCUGGCUGUAGCUAUGUUUCGAAUGCCGACUGGUCCAAAAUUCGACUCCGCACAGAGCAAGUUUACAACUGGCUUAUCCCCGACAGCGCAGACACAACCGUCGCACACACAAACUGCCCUUAUGAUAGGAUUGUGGUCACCGCUGACAUGAUGAGUGGGGUGUCUCCUGGAUCUGCACAGAUAUUUGAUUUCAUGCAAGCCGAGGGAUUAAGCCAGAGUUGGGCCCUUGCAGUGAGUGAUCACUUCCCAGUUGAGGUCAAGCUUAAGUGAUCAGGAUCAAGAAUGUCCCCUUGCAGCAGAUAUAGACUAGCACACUAUGCUUGAUGUUAAGAUCAAAUGUGACUGUUCAACCCU